UUAUUAUCGAUACUCAUAGUUGCUUCCCCUUUAUAGCAUUCCGCCUUUUGUAACAAGGGAAAGAGAAAAAUGAACUUUUCACAAAAGCAUUACCUAUGUGGUUUUAAUGGUUUCAAACAGAUUUCACAGUGUAUGUCACAGACCCAACAAGACCUUUGUGAUGAUGCUGAAAACUCUUCACACAAUUUGAAGGAGGUAGAAAAGGUAGAGGAACAAGCAGGAGAGUAUCUAGACAUCUGUCAGACAAAAGGAAAUGCAAAUUACUUUUCAGUUCCGCAGGAAGUUAACACAGUAAUUAAGCUGUGCACAUGGUCAGAUAUUUUCGGAACAACAGGUGAUGGUAAGCUUACUUGCUAUGGAAACAGGAGUUUGUCUUUGUUUGCGAAAAUUAAAGAUGACUUACCAACAAGGACAGUGAUUGGUGUAGGGAAAGAUGUGUUAUUACAAAACAGCUCUAACACUGUGUUGCUACAGGAUGAUGGAAGGAUAUGUGAACUUACAUCAGAUGUAGAGCAUGUGACUUUAGUUACAGGUACAAGGGAUCAUGUUUAUGGGGUCAAAGAAUGUCAGUGUUUUGAAGGGUUCAUAGAAACAUCAGUGGAAGGACAAAAUUAUAUGACAUUAUUCCUGCAUCCUAUCUCUGUAAACAUAGAGGUGCUCACUGUAUCAUGUGGGUUUGAGCAUACGCUUAUGCUGACAAGACAGGGUGCUGUGUACUCCUGUGGUAGUGCAAGCCGAGGGCAGCUAGGCCAUGGGGAAAUAUCAGUAGAUCUUCAAAAAACACCUAGAUGCAUUGAUACCUUUUCUGGAAUAUUUGUGAUUUCCAUAGCAGCUGGAGGUUGGCAUUCCACUGCAGUUACUGAUAGUGGUGAUGCUUAUGUAUGGGGCUGGAAUGAAAGUGGACAAUUGGGACUUCCAAAUGGUACUUUAUCUACUGCUUCUCACACAAGCUGUCACAAAGCUGUAGUGGAAAGUUUUACCAGUGAAGACUAUGACACAGAACUUGAAAAAUGUCCUAACUACAUUAAUUUGGAAGGAAGAACUUUAUAUGAGAAGGUUGAUACUGUUAUCAAAGCUGAUAGUUCUGAUGAGCUAUCUAGUAAAAGAAAAUUUACUACAGAAUUAAAUGAGGAAAAUACAGGAAGGAUACAUGAUUUUCAUAAUUGUACAAAAUGUGAAAAGAGGACUGUCACAAAAAGUUGCGAGAAAAAUGUAUUUUGUGAGGAACAUCAGGAUUUGAAACAGCAUCACAAUAUGUCACAGACAAAAAGCAGAAGACAUUCCACAGACUGUGUCUCAGGUUUAAAAGCAAGGGAUUCAUACUGUGUUCCACAAAAAUAUUACCAGCCUGUAGACUGUGUCCAAGUUCAGACUGUGCCUUAUGGUCUAGAUUUUCCUGACGAGUUAUGUGUGAAAUCUGUGUCAUGUGGGACAAGACAUACAUGUAUACUUUCAGAUUACAGUAUCUUGUUGACUGCUGGCUGGAACAGUUAUGGACAGUUGUGCCAUGGAGAUACAAAUUCGAGGGAUUAUUUUGAAACUGUGUCAUUCUUUAGUGGGAGGAAAGAGAAAAUUAUAGAUGUGAUAGCUCAGUAUUGGAAUACAUACAUUGUUACUGAAAAUAUUUGAGGGUUUAAGUAAUGAUUUGUGGAAUGAAGGACUAAAAUCCAGCCCAGACAAAAGUCCCCUCCACCCAAUCCCCAUGAUCAAUUUGACUAAGAUGGAUGAAAUUCUCUCUCCGAUUUUGUUGAUUAAAAACUUUAGAAUUAUACAAAGAUGAACAGAAAUGAAAAAAACAACUGUUUGUUAAAUGACAAUUAUUGAUUCUAAAUAGAAUGAAGUAAAAAUUUGAUUCUAACACGACCAGCAAAUAACCCAUAUAAACAUACAAGAAAAUCAACCAACAGUUAUUUUGCGAUAACCCAUGUGCAUGCAAAGUAGUAACGUCAUCCUCUAUGUAUAGAAUGAUCCAGGUGCAUAGCACGAAGUGUAGUUUAUUUUGUAAAAAGUAGUUACAUUUUUAGCUCACCUGAGCCAAAGGCUCAUGGUGAGCUUUUGUGACCGCUCAUGUCCGUUGUGCGGUGUCCUUCGUGUGUCUGUCAACAAUUUCUAAAAAAAAAAAUCUUCUUCAAAACCACAGGGCAGAAUUACACCAAAUUUCACAGAAAUGAUCCUUGGGUGGCCCCCUUUCAAAAUUGUUCAAAGAAUUGAAUUCAAGCAGAACUCUAGUUGCCAUAGCAACCAAAAGGAAAAACUUUAAAAAUCUUCUUGUCCAAAACCACAUAGAGCUUUUAAAUUUGGUAUGUAGCAUCAUCUAGUGGUCCUCUACCAAGAUUGUUCAAAUUAUCCCCCUAGGGUCAAAUUUGGAUCCACCCUGGGUGGUUUACAUAGACUUAUAUAGGGAAAACUUCGAAAAUCUUCUUGUCCAAAUCCACAAAGUGUAGAGCCUCAAUAUUUGGCAGGUGACAUCAUCAAAUGGUUCUCUAUAAAGAUUAUUCAAAUUAUGCCCCCGGGAUGAAAAGAGGCCCUGCCCCGGGGAUCCCAAGUUCUGCAUAGACUUAUAUAGGAAAAAACUUAAAAAAAUCUUCUUGUCUGAAACCAUAAGACCUAGGCCUUUGAUGUUUGGUAUGUAGCAUUGCCUUGAGUUCCUCUACCAAAAUUGUUCAAAUUAUUCCCCUAAGGUGAAAAGAGGCUAUGCCCCGGGGGUCCCAAGUUUUACAUAGACUUAUAUAGGAAAUUAUUUUUAAAUCUUCUUGUCUGAAACUGCAAGGCCUAGGCUUUUGAUAUUUGGUAUGUUGCAUUGCCUAGUGGUGUUCUACCAAGAUUAUUCAAAUUAUGCCCCUUGGUUAAAAAGAGGCCCCCGCCCUUGGGGUCCCAAGUUUUACAUAGAAUUACAUAGGAAAAUAACUUUUAAUAAUCUUCUUGACUGAAAGUUCAAAGCCUAGGCUUUUGAUAUUUGGUAUGUAGCAUUGCCUAGUGGCUCUCAACAAGAUUGUUUAAAUUGUGCCCCUGGGGUGAAAACAGGCCCCCAAGGGUCACUAAGUUUUUAUAUGAGUUAUAUAGGAAAAAAUAUACUUCAAAAAUUAUCGGAUCAUAUUUCCUAGACUGUUCAAUUAUAAUUUCCUGCUGAUUCCAAGUAAUUAUGGGUCACUUGACUGACCUUGACCUACUGACCUACUUUCUUGUUUUUUAGCUCGACUAUUCGAAGAAUAAGUAGAGCUAUCCUACUCACCACGGCGUCGGCGUCACACCUUGGGUUAAGUUUUUCGUACCAGUCCGCAUUUUGACAAAGUCUUUUGAGAUAAAGCUUUGAAACUUUCAACACUUGUUUACCAUCAUCAUGGCCAGUUAUAGGCAAGAGCACAUAACUCAGUCAAGGAUUUUGGCUGAAUUAUGGCCCCUUUUGACUUAGAAAUCAUGGUUAAGUUUUUCGUACCAGUUCAUAUUUUGACAAAGUCUUUUGAGAUAAAGCUUUGAAACUUUCAAUAUUUGUUUACCAUCACCAUGUCCAGUUAUAGGCAAGAGCACAUAACUCCAUCAAGGAUUUUGGCUGAAUUAUGGCCCUUUUUGACUUAGAAAUCUGGGUUAAUAUUUCGUACCAGUUCAUAUUUUGACAGUCUUUUGAGAUAAAGCUUUGAAACUUUCAACACCUGUUUACCAUCACCAUGUCCAGUUAUAGGCAAGAGUACAUAACUCCAUCAAGGAUUUUGGCUGAAUUAUGGCCCCUUUUGUCUUAGAAAUCAUGGUUAAGUUUUUCGUACCAGUUCAUAUUUUGACAAAGUCUUUUGAGGUAAAGCUUUGAAACUUUCAAUACUUGUUUACCAUCACCAUGUCCAGUUAUAGGCAAGAGUACAUAACUUCAUCAAGGAUUUUGGCUGAAUUAUGGCCCUUUUUGACUUAGAAAUCUGGGUUAAUAUUUCGUACCAGUUCAUAUUUUGACAAAGUCUUUUGAGAUAAAGCUUUGAAACUUUCAACACCUGUUUACCAUCACCAUGUCAAGUUAUAGGCAAGAGUACAUAACUCCAUCAAAGAUUUUGGCUGAACUAUGGCCCAUUUUGACUUAGAAAUCUUUGUUCAGUUUUUCGUACCAGUUCAUAUUUUUAGCUCACCUGUCACAAAGUGACAAGGUGAGCUUUUGUGAUCGCGCAGUGUCCGUCGUCCAUCGUCCGUCCGUCCGUCCGUGCGUGCAUCCGUAAACUUUUGCUUGUGACCACUCUAGAGGUCACAUUUUUCAUGGGAUCUUUAUGAAAGCCCGUCAGAAUGUUCACCUUGAUGAUAUCUAGGUCAAGUUCGAAACUGGGUCACGUGCCCUCCAAAACUAGGUCAGUAGGUCUAAAAAUAGAAAAACCUUGUGACCUCUCUAGAGGCCAAAAUUUUCAAUGGAUCUUCAUGAAAAUUGGUCAGAAUGUUCAUCUUGAUGAUAUCUAAGUCAAGUUCGAAACUGGGUCAUGUGCGGUCAAAAACUAGGUCAGUAGGUCUAAAAAUAGAAAAACCUUGUGACCUCUCUAGAGGCCAUACUUGUGAAUGGAUCUCCAUAAGAAUUGGUCAGAAUGUUCACCUUGAUGAUAUCUAAGUCAAGUUCGAAAGUGGGUCACGUGCCCUCCAAAACUAGGUCAGUAGGUCUAACAAUAGAAAAACCUUGUGACCUCUCUAGAGGCCAAAUUUUACAAUGGAUCUUCAUGAAAAUUGGUCAGAAUGUUCAUCUUGAUGAUAUCUAAGUCAAGUUCGAAAUUGGGUCACGUGCGGUCAAAAACUAGGUCAGUAGAUCUAAAAAUAGAAAAACCUUGUGACCUCUCCAGAGGCCAUAUAUUUCACAAGAUCUUCAUGAAAGUUGGUCAGAACGUUCACCUUGAUGAUAUCUAGGUCAAGUUCGAAACUGGGUCACUUGCCGUCAAUAACUAGGUCAGUAGGUCAAAUAAUAGAAAAACCUUGUGACCUCUUUAAAGGCCAUAUUUUUCAAGGGAUCUGUAUGAAAGUUGGUCUGAAUGUUCAUCUUGAUGAUAUUUAGGUCAAGUUCGAAACUGGGUCACAUGCCGUCAAAAACUAGGUCAGUAGGUCUAAAAAUAGAAAAACCUUGUGACCUUUCUAGAGGCCAUAUAUUUCACAAGAUCUUCAUGAAAAUUGGUCAGAACGUUCACCUUGAUGAUAUCUAGGUCAGGUUCGAAACUGGGUUACGUGUCUUCAAAAACUAGGUCAGUAGGUCAAAUAAUAGAAAAACCUUGUGACCUCUCUAAAGGCCAUAUUUUUCAUGGGAUCUGUGUGAAAGUUGGUCUUAAUGUUCAUCUUGAUAAUAUCUAGGUCAAGUUCGAAACUGGGUCACAUGCGGUCAAAAACUAGGUCAGUAGGUCUAAAAAUAGAAAAACCUUGUGACCUCUCUAGAGGCCAUAUAUUUCAUGAAAUCUUCAUGAAAAUUUGUCAGAAUGUUCACCUUGAUGAUAUCUAAGUCAAGUUCGAAAGUGGGUCACGUGCCAUCAAAAACUAGGUCAGUAGGUCAAAUAAUAGAAAAACCUUGUGACCUAACUAGAGGCCAUAUUUUCCAUGGGAUCUGUAUGAAAGUUGGUCUUAAUGUUCAUCUUGAUGAUAUCUAGAUCAAGUUUGAAAGUGGGUCACGUGCCGUCAAAAACUAGGUCAGUAGGUCAAAUAAUAGUAAAACCUUGUGACCUCUCUAAAGGCCAUAUUUUUCAAUGGAUCUUCAUGAAUGUUUGUCUGAAUGUUCAUCUCAAUGAUAUCUAGGUCAAAUUCGAAACAGGGUCAUGUGCGGUCAAAAACUAGGUCAGUAGGUCUAAAAAUAGAAAAACCUUGUGACCUCUCUAGAGGCCAUACUUGUGAAUGGAUCUCCAUAAGAAUUGGUCAGAAUGUUCACCUUGAUUAUAUCUAAAUCAAGUUCGAAAGUGGGUCACAUGCCAUCAAAAACUAGGUCAGUAGGUCAAAUAAUGAAAAAACGUUGUGACCUCUCUAAAGGCCAUAUUUUUCAUGGGAUCUGUAUGAAAGUUGGUCUGAAUGUUUAUCUUGAUGAUAUCUAGGUCAAGUUUGAAACUAGGUCAACUGCGAUCAAAAACUAGGUCAGAAGGUCUUGAAAUAGAAAAACCUUGUGACCUCUCUAGAGGCCAUACCCUUGAAUGGAUCUUCAUGAAAAUUGGUCAGAAUGUUCACCUUGAUGAUAUCUAGGUCAAGUUUGAAACUGGGUCACGUGCCUUAAAAAACUAGGUCAAUAGGUCAAAUAAUAGAAAAACCUUGUGACCUCUCUAGAGACCAUAUUUUUCAAUGGAUCUUCAUGAAAAUUGGUCAGAAUUUUUAUCUUUAUAAUAUCUAGGUCAAGUUCAAAACUGGGUCACAUAAGCUAAAAAACUAGGUCACUAUGUCAAAUAGUAGAAAAAACGACGUCAUACUCAAAACUGUAUCAUGUGGGAAGAGGUGAGCGAUUCAGGACAACAUGGUCCUCUUGUUUGUAAAGUGUUUGACAUAUGGCUUUGAAACUUUUAUCACUUAUUUAGUAUAAUAGUCUCUAUCUGUAGGAAAGAGAACAUAACUCUGUCAUCUAUUUUGUCUGAAUUAUGGUCGUUUUUGGAUUUUGAAAUUGGUUCUGUUUUCAUACAAGUCCAUGUUUUGUCAAAACUAUUUGACAUAUGGCUUUUAAACUUUGAACACUUGUUUAUCAUUAUGAUUUCCAUCUGUAGGCAAGAGUACAUAACUAUUUUGACUGAAUUAUGGCCCUUUUUUGACUUUGAAAUUGGCUCAUAUAUUGCCAUUUAGUGCAAGACUUAUCGAAAUCAAAGUAAUACAGGAACAUUGUUUGUCUAAUCUAUUUAUUCCUUUUGUCUGAAUAUCCGUGGAAAUAUUUUGACCCUAUUCUUCAAUCAAUUCUUCGAAUAGUCGAGCGCGCUGUCAUCAGACAGCUCUUGUUAAGAUACAGCCUUGAAAUUUGAAUGACACAUAAUUUUGCACACCGAUCUUAAAACUGAUUUCCAGUGACUACUGACCUACUUUCUAAUAUUUUAGCAUCAGUUUGACAUUUGAAACAUGUAGCUCAUAUUACUCAGGUGAGCGAUCCAGGGUCAUCAUGACCCUCAUGUUUCUAAAACUUUGAUACAAGUAUGUCAUGUUAGAAUCGAAAUAACAAGCUCCCAAGUGUGAUUUAUCGUAGAAUAACCCGAAUUUUUGUUCUUAUGCAAAAUAAUAUAUCACUCAGGCCUACGGCCUUCGCGAUAUAUUCUAACACAUAAGAACUCAGAAAAAUGGGUUAUUCUACGAUAGUCCAUGAUUGGGAACUUAUUAUUUCUUAAAUAAUUGAAAAAAAAUGAAAGCGGGGAUUUUGUCUGCCUUGGUUGAAUGAAGCCGGGGAACUUUGCUAAAGGGAAAUAGAGAUGUGCAGAUUUUGUGUGUAUUCUGGAUUUCUGCAAUAGAUUCUUGUAUUGUUAUUUCUGUAAAUGGUCUAGAAUGUUUAAUAUGUGUAGUUUUCAAUGGUGAUUGUACUUAAUUGCUUGUAUGUUGUCUUAAGAUUUUGGAACAGCCGUUAGAGAUUAUUAAAGACA